AUGAAAUCAAAUAAAUUUACUUGGAGUUGCCCUUAAGAUAUAAAAAAGAAAUGUAAUGGCUUUUACAAUCUGUCUAGCUCUGAGUUUAUAUGCAUCACAAUAUUUUGUUUUUUCAGAAGUCCUAAAAAAUAGAGCUUCUUAAGCAUCUAUUGUAAAAACAGAAGGUAAAGAGAUAUAAAGAAGACUACUUUUUUAUCAUAAAACAGCGCUAAUAAAUAACAUUAUUAGAAACUCAAAUUAAUAACAAAAAAAUAAAAACUUAAUAGAAAAGAUGUUUGAAAUUGAUGAUUCUCGACAAAGAAGGUUGAGUUGUUCAUGUUAUGAAUGUGGUAAAAAAUCAAUAAAAAUGAAUAAAUUUCAUAAUGUUUAUUAAAAAUAAGAAUAGACAUCAAAAGAAGUAUAAUCAAGUCUAAUUCUGUAGUAGCAAUAAUUAACAUAGCUUACUAUUUCAACAAAAUCAUUAAAAUCAAAUGUAACUCUUCUCUCAAUUCCAGAUAUUAGUCCAAAAAACAUUUAUAAAAAAUAGAGAGUCCAUUAUCUAAAAAAUAUAAAUAAAACCAAAAAUUAACCUCUUCUUCAUUAAUUAAUUUGAAACCAUAUCUUUAUGAAUCACCUUAGAAAAAAAUUAUUAAUCUUUAAACAGAAUAAACAUAAUUGAUACUUAAACCUAUUUCUUUAGGAUUCUCAGCUCCAAAUCUAGAAAUUUUUGAUUAUUCUUCUAAAAACUGUAGUUCAAAAUAGGAAAAUCUAAUAAAAACUUUAAACUAGAGUAAUAAGUACAAACUACUAGAAAUCUAACUAAUAGGAUGCUUCAGAUUUGCUAUUUGA